ACGUUACGAAAUCUUUUUCUUCGUUACGCAAUCACGGAGAAGGAUAUAGCGGAAAGAGUAUCUUUAAUGGGGGUUACACAGUCAUUGAAUGAAGCUCAUCAAGGUUUUUUGCCUGCGAAUUGUAUCACUCAAUUGCUUACAACGCGGGCAUUCGCAAAGCAUUCUGUUCCCAUUCAGGACUGGAUUAGCGCUCAGAUUAUGGAAUGUUCAACUCCUUUACAUCCAGUUAUACCUGAGCUAAUUACGGCUUAUGCAGCAAGUUGUUUCCAAACAUCUGAAUGUCAGUCAUCAACACUGCCACUUUCAGAAAAGUUUUUCAUUGUAGGAGGCUUUUUAUUAAUAAAAUACCGUUGA